AUGAGCAAUGUGAGUGAGUUUUACGUGGCAUGUCGUAAUGGAGAUUUGACCAAGUUCAACCAAAUUGUGUCCACAUUGAGCACCGACGAGCUCAAUCGACUCGAACCUAACGGCAGUACAGCGCUGCAUGCGGCUUCAUUUUACGGUCAUUCACAAAUUGUACGUCAUCUGCUUAAGCGAGAAGACAUUUUACUUUCUAUUCGAAACAGAUACAAUAAAACGCCUUGUGAAGAGGCUCGAACGUCCGAGAUCGAGCAAUUAUUCAACCGCUCGUCAGCCAGUGCUCGAAAUCGUUUUAUUGAAGAUACAUCCGAACCAGUGUGGACAUUUUGCGGUAAACACGCCGACCUUAUCGCACAAAACAAUUACGCUGAUAUGUAUCUAUGCGAUCUUGAUACAACGAUUAGUGAGCUUAAUUGGGCUACGCGCAAAGUAAGCGCUCAAUACGUUAAUUGCGUUAAGUACUUUCUUAAAAAACUACAAUGUACACGUGAUGUCACCUAUUUGUUACGUCUCUACACGGCCGAGACUGACUUCUAUCGACUACUGAAUGAAGCGAUUGCCACUAGGUACAGUGCCGCAUGUCGGAUGUUACAGAAGGAUACGCAGUGGGCCAUGUUCUUUGCUAGCAUUGUCUCCCGAGAUACUGCACUUGACCAGUUCAGAUGUACCGAACUCGUAACUUAUCGGGGUAUGCGUAUAACUGACACCGAUUUGUCCAAGUAUGAGGUAGGUGGGAAGAUCAUGAACAGAUCGUUUCUCUCAACAUCAACAGAUCGAAAUGUUGCUCUAAAAUUUCUUAAAAGUCCUACUAUCGAUGGCAAGCUCGAUGUUCUUUGUACUUAUACAAUAGUCGAUAGACGCGCUGCACUUGAUAUACACUCAGUAUCUGAAUUUCCCAAAGAACAAGAAGUGCUCAUUGUUCCUUGGAUGGCCUUUGUUGUGAAGCGAAAGGAGCUUAAACAUCCGAUAGAAAUCGAAUUGGAACAAUUGCCGAUGGAAGAAGACUUAGUAGAUUUAAAUACACACUUAUAG